GCACCAGAGGAUGGCCCAGAGCCCCAGUCUGCAAAGUCCCACCAGCAGCCCACUCCACCUGACCGUGCUGCCCAUGCACAGGGACCACCUGAAAUGCCUCAAGCCCCGGUGCUGGCUCCAGGGCCCAACGACACUACCGGGCUUGUCAUUGAGCGGGAUAGAGCUGCAAUGGCGGCAGUGGAAGCCAAAGAGUGGGAGCUGCGGCGGGUGGAGAUUGAGAGGCAGGCUGAGGAGGCACGGCGAGAGAAGAAGCGCCGCCGUGCUGAGUCAGAGCUUGCCGUCCGUUCCCAGGCGCGGCUGGAGGAUCACUGGCGGCUGCUGGCGGCUCAGGAGUCGGAGGCUGACGAGCGUGAGCGGCUGCGCAUGGAGAUCCGGGCGCAGCUGGAGCUGCGCGUCAGAUAUGCCAGGUCAGCGGAGAGCAAGCUUCGCGCGCUCAACAUCCCCCUGGAGUACGACCCAGUCACUCGGCUGCCCAACAUCAGCAAGGCUGUACGCAGCUCGCUCCGCUUCUACCAUCCUGAUCGCUACCAGAAUGUUGGGCUCCGCGCUCAGGUGGAAGCAGAGGAGAUGUUCAAGCUUGUGUCGCGUGUGCGCAACCCGUGAGAAUUCAGUUUUCACCGUUUCAUCAUGUUGUGUUGGGCUCUGGUGUCCUUUUUUAGUCUGCAUUAGCCAACAUGUGAUUGUUUGGCAUGCCAUGUACAUGACAUAUCAGAUAAGUUCCUGCAAGCCAGAAAAUCACAUGC